GCGUUGCUUCUUCUCUUUGACUCUUUCCUCCUACAUUUACACCGCUAAAACAUACCGAAACCCAUUUUCUGCCUAAACUCACUCUCACCCCAAAUCAUGCCCAUUGUCUUUCUUAUUUCACCCGUUUUGGGCCCUCCCAAAACUUGAUCAAAUACCUUUUUCCCCAUACAAAAACUCUUUUCUUUGUCCUUGCUUUUCAUGUCUCACUAUAUUAGCUACAAACGAUUCUCUCCUUUUAGUGAUGAUGGGCGGUGCUGAAAUCAGAAUGGGAGAUCGUAUGGAAUAAAAGAGUGUUUUUUUUUGUUCUUUUUGCGAUUCAUUUUAAGGUGUUUUUGGAAGGGAGACGGUGCAGUACAUAUAUGGAUUACGGAAACGGAGGAGGAGGGAGUGGGUCCGGUGGGGACCACGACUCCUCCGACCCUUCAAGGCUGAGAAAGCCUUACCACCGCCACACUGCUCACCAGAUUCAGCUGCUUGAAUCAAUGUUCAAGGAGUGCCCUCACCCAGAUGAGAAGCAAAGGCUGCAGCUGAGUAGGGAGCUGGGACUGGCACCAAGGCAGAUCAAGUUUUGGUUUCAAAACAGAAGGACCCAGAUGAAGGCACAACACGAAAGAGCCGAUAACAGUUCUCUUCGUACCGAGAACGAUAAGAUCCGAUGCGAGAACAUAGCCAUCCGAGAAGCGCUUAAAAAUAUCAUCUGUCCUUCUUGCGGCGGCCCUCCUGUCAGCGAGGAUUCCUAUUUUGAUGACCACAAAUUGAGGAUGGAAAACGCCCAAUUAAAGGAGGAGCUUGAUAGAGUAUCUAGCAUUGCAGCCAAGUACAUAGGGAGGCCAAUAUCUCAACUCCCACCUGUACAGCCCCUUCAUUGCUCUUCAUUGGAUUUCAGGAUGGGGGGUUUCGAUGGCUAUGGUGUUUCUGGUCCUUCUCUCGAUCUUGAUCUUCUCCCAGGAAGCUCGUUAUCAAUGCCGAAUUUACCUUUCCAGCCUGUUGCUAUCUCGGACAUGGACAAGUCCCUCAUGUCCGAUAUUGCUGCGAAUGCAAUGGAAGAAAUGCUCAGGCUCUUGCAGAGCAAUGAACCUUUAUGGAUCAAGUCCACUAAUGAUGGCAGGGAUGUUCUUAAUCUGGAGACCUAUGAAAGAAUUUUCCCUAGGCCUAAUGCCCACUUCAAAUCUCCCAAUGUUAGGAUUGAAGCUUCAAGAGACUCUGGUUUUGUCAUCAUGAAUGGUUUGGCUUUGGUUGACAUGUUCAUGGAUUCAAACAAAUGGGUGGAGCUAUUCCCUACCAUCGUGUCGAUUGCCAAGACCAUUGAAGUAAUUCCAUCUGGGAUGAUGGGUACACACAAUGGUUCUUUGCAAUUGAUGUAUGAAGAGUUGCAGGUGCUCUCCCCACUAUUACCUACACGUGAAUUUUAUAUCCUUCGAUACUGUCAACAAAUUGAGCAAGGGUUAUGGGCUAUAGUAAAUGUUUCGUAUGAUUUGGCGCAAUUUGCCUCUCAAUGUCGAUCUCAUAGGCUUCCUUCUGGAUGCUUGAUUCAGGACAUGCCUAAUGGUUAUUCCAAGGUUACAUGGUUGGAGCAUGUGGAGAUUGAAGACAAGACUCCAAUUCAUAGACUCUAUAGGGAUCUUGUGCAUAGUGGUUUGGCAUUUGGUGCAGAACGGUGGCUUGCGACUCUUCAGAGGAUGUGCGAGAGGUUUGCUUGCCUAAUGGUAUCAAAUACUUCAACCCGGGAUCUUGGGGGAGUAAUUCCUUCUCCCGAUGGUAAGAGAAGCAUGAUGAAGCUUGCUCAAAGGAUGGUCACCAAUUUCUGCACAAGCAUCAGCACAUCAAAUAGUCAUCGGUGGACAACGCUUUCUGGUUUGAAUGAAGUUGGUGUCCAGGUAACUGUUCAUAAGAGUUCUAAUGGUAUAGUUCUUAGUGCAGCUACCACCUUUUGGCUUCCUGUUAGUCCACAAAAUGUAUUCAAUUUCUUCAAGGACGAAAGAACUCGACCGCAGUGGGACGUUCUAUCCAAUGGGAAUGCAGUGCAGGAGGUUGCUCAUAUUGCAAACGGGUCGCAUCCAGGCAAUUGCAUAUCCUUUUUACAAGCAUUUAAUACAAGUCACAGCAACAUGCUAAUACUUCAAGAGAGCUGCAUAGACAGUUCAGGUUCACUCGUAGUUUACUGCCCGGUAGAUUUGCCAGCCAUUAAUGUAGCAAUGAGUGGAGAAGACCCUUCAUACAUACCAUUACUCCCAUCCGGUUUCACAAUCUCACCGGACGGCCAACCGGACCAAGGCAGGGAAGGAGCAUCAACGAGCUCCAGCGCACAUGGGAGCAUGGCACGAUCCGGGGGUUCACUAAUCACAGUAGCGUUUCAGAUCCUAGUGAGCAGCUUGCCAUCUGCGAAACUGAACAUGGACUCGGUGACAACUGUUAAUAACCUUAUUGGCACCACGGUCCAGCAAAUCAAGGGUGCUUUGAAUUGUCCGAGUUCCUGAGUACUCGUAUCCUUAAAUUCGAAAGAUGAGAUAAAGUUUGAACGUGUGUGGUAUUGAAUGUGGAGUGUUUGAGGUUAGUUGGGGACUUUGAAUGGCCCCCUGCGCUCUGCCACUGCCCCCGCUCUUUACUGCUUGCUGCUGCUGUCCCUUUCUUUGCUCUGUCAAUCCAUCUCCACCACCAACUAAUGUUUUUAUUUACUUUGGAGGCGUUUUGGGUUUUCUUUCUUUUUGCAAUUUACCUUGGAAGAAGAGUGGCUGGUAGCAUUAAAAGAGAAGUCAAGAACGCACCAUAUAUUACUAUUUGUCUUUCAUUGUCCUUUCUGCACCUCAAUAGUAUGGUUCGGGUAUUGACUUCUGUCCAUG